CACAUGAACAGACAAGAGAUAGAGAAAUACAUUGAGAAUCAAAGGCAGAAAUGCCACAGCAGGAGUUAUACAAAAGAAAGAUGGAGGAAAUGCGGCGAGAGCUUGCUUUGACGAGGGGAGACAUCAAGAUCAUGAGAACGGAGGCUGAGCACCAAAUGGAUGCUCAAUGGCAGCUCAUGGAGCAAGCGAUGGGACUGUGGAAGGAGCUGGAGGGAAGGAGAGCAGAGGCCCAACAAAAAGAGGUACAGCUCAAACAGACACUGACAAAAGACAGGAAGAAGUCCCUAUUGGAUAAAGCCCGAGCCCUGAGAAAGAAGCAAGAGGAAGAAAGGGAAGCGCAAGAGAAGAAGACAAUAAAUCUGGAGGAAAGGCUGGUCACCUUGGAGCAGGAGAAGAGGGAGGCACCUGUAGCCAACAUCCUUGGUGAAGCACAGCUCCAAAGGAGAAAGGCUUUAAUAAAGAAAGCCAGGGCCCUGAGGGAAAAGCAGGAACGAGAGAGAGAGGCGCAACAGCACAAGAUCGACAAUCUGGAGGCAAGGAUUGCAGCUCUGGAGCUGCAAAAGAGAGUGGACAACAGCCAGAUGACAGGAGAGAAAGUCAUCUCAAAAGUCCUCCUUGAAACAAGCCACAAAGGAGCUGUUGGAGCAAAGGAAGACCAUGUGGUUAUUGAUAUAGAAGGAGCCAUUGGAGCAAAGGCAGACCAUGUGGUUAUUGAUAUAGAGGGAGCCAGUGACGGCCAGGCUGAAAACUCUCAGGGCCAAAAGCUAACAUCUACGCUGAGGUGGAUCUCCAAGAUGUUGGGCUUUGGAGGCCACUGAGAGCCGAGGACCAAAACACAAACACACACACACACACACACACACACACACACACACACACACAC